AUGCCCUCGUCGACCUGCUACCUGCCCAACGGCAACACCUUUACCAUCACGCCCGUGUACGGCGGGGUCACGUUCAAAUCGAACGACCUCAACAUCCACCACAGCGCGUUUCCUCCAGGCUGGACGGUGGUCAUUUACACUGAGAAAGAAGUUGACGCGACUCACCACCUAGACGUCAAUAGCCCUCCCAACACAGCUCUAUCUGGGCUGACUAUUGCCGAGAAUGACGGUAAUAGCAAUGUCGCAAGUACUGGUACUGCGGGGGACCGCAAAGUCCGCAUUUCGAGCUUCAAAAAGCCCACGCUGCAAAACGACUGCAUAUUCAUUUCCUCCAUCAGCACCCCCUCCAGCAACGACUUCAAACCCCCAACCUCCCCCUCCCGCCAAAUCGCCAUGAUGCUCUGGGCUACCUUGUGGUGGUACUUCCACGAACCAGAGCCACACCGCCAUCUCACCACCGACGCAUCUAGCAAAACGCCAGAUGCCGGUAAGCCAAAGGGCGACUGGCGCGUGAGCAUCAACCGCGAGGGAAUCUUCAAGGGUCGCAACCUGAUGCAGAAAAUGGAGCGGAUGGGUUUACUCGCCAGCGACGAUUCCUCCGUCGGCGCCGAGUCCGUCGAAUCGAGAAACCCGACGCACUGGGAACGCCUGUUCACUAGCCGCCGCAGUUUUUGGCAGCUAGAUCCGCGGAUUUUCAUCUUCACUUUGACCCCAGCCAUAAACACUCCUCUGGUACUUCCCUCGCCGCUGGCUUCGCCCGCUUCGCCCGCUUCGCCCUAUGGCUCGCGGCCAACGUCGCCGAUUAUGGAUGGGAUUCGCCGGGAAGAUGGGAGUGUUGUAUCGGUUUCUGACUUGAUUCCGCCGAUGCAUGUGUUCAACACCAUCAAUGGGCCGUAUACCUCUGGUAGCCAUCUUCCUACAUACUACCCCCCACCACCAACACAGUAUGUCUUUACUAACGGCGUCCGCCAUCCGCUUCGACCGCGACCGCCGCAUCAAGGCGAGACGUUUUACACCCGCUAUAUCCCGAGUAUUGGGCAGAAAUGCCAAACCCCAACCCCCCAACCCAUCCAUUCCCUCUCAUCCACACCCUCCUUAACCGUACCACAAACCUACAGCCCCCCGCCCGGCCCAUCUGAUCUGGACCUGCUACAUAAAUGGAUGAACGACCCACGCGUGAACUCGGCGUGGAACGAAGCAGGACCUCGCUCCAAGCAGGAAAAGCUGCUCGCGGACGGCCUCAGCAGUAAACACAGUUUCCCCGUCUUCGGAUGCUGGGACGGCAAGCCCUUUGGCUACUUUGAGAUCUACUGGGUCAAGGAAGACCGGCUGGGACGGCAGUUGGGGAACGCAGGCAAUUAUGAUCGCGGGCUGCACGUGCUGGUCGGUGAGCAGGAGUUCCGUGGCCCGCAUCGAGUCCCCGUCUGGCUCAGCUCGCUGGUUCAUUAUUGCUGGUUGGCUGAUGCACGCACCGAGACGGUGAUGCUGGAGCCGCGGGUCGACAAUCAGAAGUUGAUAUCCUAUCUCACCGACGUCGGCUUUUAUAAAGAAGGCGAGGUCAGGUUUCCACACAAGCAGUCGGCUGUGAUGAAAACCAAGAGAGAUAGCUGGGAAAGCCCGGCGUUAUAG